CUCGAUUGAAUCUGUUAAUUCUAAUUCCUUCAAGCAGUGUUCAAUAAUUGGUAAUUUAAUUAUCCCAGAUGCUUAAAAUUAUUGAAUAUGUUUCAUUUUGCGUGGGUGUUCUUCAAUCUUACAAAGAUCAUUUAAUAAGAAAAACUUGGUCCAAGUGUUUGUUUCAUGAUUGUAACAUCAAAUCAGGCUCAACAUUGUCACCCUAUAACAGUCGAGUCAUCUUCAAGAUCAAAUCGAUUAAUUAAUAGAGCAGCAACAAUAGCUAGGAGCACAACUAAUGGUAACAUUGUUACAAAUGGUCGGAGAGGUUCAAAUCCGAUUAGCUUUGGUUCCAACAAUCGUCCAACCUCGUCUUCAGGAUCAGCAUCUUUGUCAUCAGCGUAUGGAAGCUCAGAUUCAAGUAACGCAAGAGAUAAAUUGUUAGACAUGAUUGCAACCUUCAAAGUCGCCGAUGAACAAAGAGCACCACUUUCUCGUGCCAAUAUUUUGCCUGACGUUGAUUUCUUUGAACAACUCAUGAAAUGCCAUUCAAGUCGCCUUGAGGAUCAACGUUUAACUUUUCAGAUCUUUUUGGGUCUCAAACCUCAUCAACACCAGAAAAUAUUUAACUACUUCUACUUCUUCCUUAGUCCUUCUCCAACCACCUCAUCAUCUUCAGCUCGAGCCAAUUUUGCUCGGCAUAGAUCAGCAACGGUUUCGAAUUCAAAUGCAGUUGGCCCGACUGGACCAAGUAAACCAAUUAGUGAAGACUUCUUUGGACUUAUCAUGCGUUCCCAGUCAGCUCGAAUUGAAGAUCAAUGGAUAGAGCUUUUAGGUGAUAAUCAAUCCGAUGAUGGCGAUGAUGAAAAUAAUGAAGGAGGGAAAAAUCGCCUGGAAGUUCAACAUCAAACUCAUCCUUGACAUCUUCAUCUGAAGACAGGAAAAAGAUUGACACAGGUUCACAAUGAAUCGCAGCUUAAACCUUUAUGCUACCUUUAUGCUUUUAUGUAAAAUUGGAUUUCAGUUUAGUCAUUGAAAAGAGAGUGAAAAGCUGGAUCAAUCAAUUGGAAUAUUUCAAUGAUAAUUCCCUGUUAACUCUUUCCAGGAUUUCAUUACCGAUCUAUCAAUUAUAAAUUUAAAUUUUUCAUUUCUUGUCUUUCUUAUGCAAGGUUCUGUAUCGAAAAAAGAAACAAUUUCUGCCAAUUUUUCUGCAUUUCCAUCGUCGAAGUUGAAAAAUGAUGUGAAAAAUACUUGUUAAUCAAUUUCAAUCAAUUAACAUGUGACGUUAAUUUAAUUAAUUGUUCUCCUUUCAUCUUAAAACUACAUCUGUUAAAAUCUUUGCUCCUCUUUUUUUCUUUACUUUAUAUUUGUAAGAAAAUUUCUUGGCAUUUCAUCCAAUAUCAUCCUAAUCAUCAUUAUUUUUAUUAUCA